AUGGCAGACAACACGACUUGGAUACCAAACUAUUGGUAUACUUUCAUCGAACACUCCUCUCAGCAGCACGCGACCACUUGGGGACGCUGGAUGCGUCUAAUUGUUUUACCUCUUGUCCUGCUCAUUGGAUUCCCCGGAAACGCCUUGUCAGCGACCAUCAUGAGCAGACGAAGCAUGCGGCGCCAUUCAUACACCAUCAUUCUACAAACUUUGGCAAUAUUUGAUACAAGUUCUCUCAUUAUUCGCCUCCUCUUCUGGAUUAAUCUGCUGCAGUCGAUUUUGAGCCGAGAUGGUGUGGUGACGAUCCAAUCGCUCGCUGGAUGCAAAGCCACCGAGUAUUUCUUCACAUCCAUACAUAUCGUCUGCUCUUGGCUUGUUGUUCUUAUCUCAAUGGAACGUUUCCUUGUCGUCUGCUUCCCGAUCAGAAGCCGCCAAUGGUGUACCCGGAAGACCAGCCGCAUUGCUGUUGCCAUUCUUGUAACUAUGGCAUUCACCUUGCAGAGUUACUCCGCCAUCUUGACUCAGUACGCUCCGCAGAUCGGGUGCGUCAUGGCGCAGAACCACAUGUAUGCUCACUUCAUCAUCGCCACCAUAUUCGUGACUUUCGCACCGUUGGCACUGAUCUUUCUCUGUAACAUUGGCAUUAUCGUCUGCCUCUUCAGCGGGAUUCACAUCUCCAAUGCGUGCACCAGAGACGCACAGACGAGGAAGGUGACUUACAUGUUGCUAUCAGUCUCCUGUAGCUUCCUCGUCUUAGUUUUCCCCAAUGCCUUAGUGGUUCUGUUGAUCGGUCUUCGACAGGACUGGGCACCAGUGCUGGGCCAGGUGUUGGAGCCGCUCGCGUUACUGUGGGACAUAAACUUCGGCAUUAACUUUUACAUUUACGUCCUCUCGGGGAAAGAGGUGCGCAACGAAGUCAAGGACAUGUUCGGUUGCCGUAAAUCGGUUCGUGGAAACACACCAGGGGUGAAAUUCUUUGACCGACACCGCAGAAGGUUGUCCCUUGAUAUCAAUGCGGACCGCCUCAGUUGGCAAAGGAACACGUCCCAGUCCUCCCUGUCGACGCCUUCGACAGUGUCGACCAUUUCAUGGCGGAGUAGCAACGAGAGGUUUACAUGA